AGUCGUAUGGGGCGGGGUGCGUGCCUCUUUCCCCAAAGUGCGCAAGCGCACCAAAGUGCCCGCCUACUGCGCAGGCGGGCUGCUAGAGCGGCUGGCGGCCUCCGCUGGCGAGUAGAAACACGGGAAUGGGGAAAGCUCGCCCACGUGGCUGGCGGGGGCCGCCCAGCCUGUGAUUGGUUGGAGAGAAGGAGCGUGGGGAGGGGCAGCCCCCAGGGCGAGGCAACCGGUUGGUCCAGGCCAGGCUUCCGACGAGCGCUGCAUCUGGUGGUAGUUGUCUCGGUGCGUUUCUCCUGGGCCCAGUCCACAGUUUUAUGUAUGAGCCAGAUGGAGGCUAACCUGUCUGGCUUUAACAUCGAUGCCCCCCGUUGGGACCAGUGCACUUUCCUGGGGCGGAUGAAGCACUUCUUCAAUAUCACAGACCCCCGCACUGUCCUGGUACCAGAGCAGGAGCUGGACUGGGCCAAGGUGAUGGUGGAGAAGUGCAGGAUGGGGGUUGUGCCCCCAGGCACCCAAGUGGAGCAGUUGCUCUAUGCCAAGAAGCUGUAUGACUCAGCCUUCCACCCUGACACUGGGGAGAAGAUGAACGUCAUUGGGCGGAUGUCCUUCCAGGUCCCUGGUGGCAUGAUCAUCACAGGCUUCAUGCUCCAAUUUUACAGGUGGGACCCGGGAGCAAGGCAGUGGAAACAUAGCUGCUUGGAUCUGCUUGACAGGACAAUGCCGGCGGUGAUCUUUUGGCAGUGGGUGAACCAGUCCUUCAAUGCUUUAGUCAACUACACCAACAGGAAUGCAGCUUCCCCUACCUCGGUCAGGCAGAUGGCCGUUUCCUACAUCACAGCCACAACCACUGCUGUGGCCACUGCUGUGGGCUUGAACAUGUUGACAAAGAAAGCUCCACCCCUGGUGGGCCGCUGGGUGCCCUUUGCUGCAGUGGCUGCUGCUAAUUGUGUCAACAUCCCGAUGAUGAGACAGCAGGAACUCAUCCAGGGCAUCUGCGUGAAGGACAGAAAUCACAACGAGAUUGGUCAUUCUCGGAGAGCUGCGGUCCUAGGCAUCACCCAAGUGGUUAUUUCUCGGAUCACCAUGGCAGCCCCUGGCAUGAUCUUGCUGCCAAUCAUCAUGGAAAGGCUGGAGAAACUACAUUUCAUAAAGAAAGCCAAGGUCCUGCAUGCCCCAUUGCAAGUGCUGCUGUCUGGGUGCUUCCUCAUCUUCAUGGUGCCUGUGGCAUGUGGGCUCUUCCCACAGAAAUGGUAUUGGCUCUUCUCGCUUUGUUUUACCACACGCCCUGUCCCUGCUCUCGGUGACCUGCCUGCUGUCCUGAAGAGACAGGGAGGGAUGGGGGGACAGACAGCAUUUGUCCAAGGACAAGUGUCUAUCAGCGUAAACUCCGGGCCUCUUAACCCAUGGUGAAUACUAAACCAAAACAGAUCUCUAAGGGGCAGAGCGAAUUGCCAGCUUCCUAUCUGGAACCAGAGCUCCAAGACACCAUCAAGGCCAAUUAUGGAGAAUCUGUGCCUUAUAUGUACUUCAAUAAGGGUCUCUAAAUGCCCCCCACCCCCAGGCCUCCAACAAGGACCAGUCUGUACCCACACUCACCAGCUCCUCCCAGCUCUGUGUGUAGCUGUGCCCUCAUUCCUCUUUGCCAGAAGGGCCUGAAUGCCAGGGUGGGUUUGGGGCAGGAAGUGCCUCUGGCUUCCAUCCAGGUACCUGGUUUACUGGACUCCAGGGGAUAAAAGCCGACAGUGGGAGCAGCGACCAAGUCUUCUGUCUGCUUCCCCCCUUAGCCCCAUCCCCUGGAGACCAGGAGCUGAGACCCCCUCAGGGAGAAGUUGCUGGGACCUGCGGGGACACUCAAGCAAACUGGAAAAAUUAGGAAACCUAUGGAAUUCUGGUUUCAGCCAGGAUUGGGGAUGACCUCCUGGGACCAAGAGAAGUUCUACCCCCUUUCCUCCUCCCUCCCACUCUUCUCCCAAACUGUGGGGCCUUUUACUAAGGCAGCUCUAGCUAACACAGGAAGAGGGAGGGAAGAAUUCUGUCACUCUGGGCUCUGCUCUUCCCCAUUCUCCUCCCCAAAGCUCUCUCAUCAGAAAGUAUCUUUGGGAGUGCUGUUAAACUUUUUAUCAGGAGCCCAGGAGUUCUUCAUACUAAAAAGGACAUUAUGUGGGGCAGCAAAGUUUCAUGGUGCUUCAAACCCUGUCUGUUGACAGUGGCUUGUUUUCCUGCCCUCUGAUUGGGUCUGAUUUUAUCUUCCUGUAUUUAAAAGGUAAAUCCACUAACUGUGAGUAAAAAGGAUGUAUGUAGGCAUUAACUACACAUUUCAGUGGGUGUAAUUUCCUGACUGCCUCCCUGCCUCAUACUGGGUUAAACACCAAGGGAAGAGCAGUGUGUACAGAGUAGGAUAGGGAAGUUUUAUUUGGACACCUCUGAGUGGAAAUCAAGCGGGACCAAAGAGCCUUAAAGGACACACAGCAGAGCACAGCCACCACCCUUCCAGCUUGGCUGCUCUAGGUGAUUUCUCAAGCUUCGGGGGUGGGGUGAGGGACUGUUGUCUGUAUGAGUUUUGCCCAGUAGAAUUACUGACUUUUCAAAGAAUAUCACUGUGAAUUAAAUAAAUUUCUUGAAAGAGCACAAUGAAA